CGGAGGAUUUGAGUAAGUGGCUUCCGAUAACGUCUUCGAGGAAAUCCAAGUGGUGGUACUCUACGUUUCACAAUGUUACUGCCAUGGUUGGUGCUGGAGUUCUCAGCCUCCCUUACGCCAUGUCUGAACUUGGAUGGGGUCCUGGAAUUGCAAUAAUGUUACUGUCAUGGGCGAUCACACUCUACACCCUGUGGCAAAUGGUGGAGAUGCACGAGAUGAUUCCGGGCAGGCGGCUCGACCGCUACCACGAGCUCGGGCAGGCGGCGUUUGGGGAGAAGUUGGGGCUGUGGAUCGUGGUGCCGCAGCAGCUAAUGGUGGAGGUCGGGGUCAACAUUGUGUACAUGGUCACCGGCGGCAAGUCCCUCAAGAAGAUCCACGACAUUGCGAAGCCCGACCAAGAAAUCCGUCUCUCCUACUUCACCAUCAUGUUCGGCGCCCUCCAUCUCGUCCUCUCUCACCUUCCAAACCUCGACUCUGUCGCCGGAGUCUCUCUUGCCGCCGCCAUCAUGUCCUUGAGCUAUUCCACCAUAGCCUGGGGAGCUACUGUUCACAAAGGGGUUGCCCCUGAAGUGAGCUAUGCUCCCCGGUCGUCUACCGGUGCCGGGCGUUUGUUCGGAUUUCUGAGUGCAUUGGGAGACGUCGCAUUUGCUUUUGCUGGCCACAAUGUCGUUCUUGAAAUCCAGGCCGGUAUCCCUUCCACUCUGGGGAAGCCGUCCAAAGGGCCCAUGUGGAAAGGUGUCAUCGUCGCCUACAUUGUUGUCGCCCUUUGCUAUUUCCCCGUCGCCUUUAUUGGCUACUACGUAUUUGGGAACAGUGUCGAAGAUAAUAUCCUCGUGUCGUUGCAAAAACCUGAAUGGAUUAUCAUUGCAGCUAAUGCAUUCGUCGUGAUCCAUGUUAUUGGGAGUUAUCAGAUCUAUGCAAUGCCUGUGUUCGACAUGAUCGAAUCAUACCUACUGAUGAAUUUGAAGUUCAAGCCUUCAUGGAAGCUUCGCCUGGUGACUCGAACUAGUUAUGUGGUGUUGACAAUGUUCUUGGCAAUCACAUUCCCUUUCUUUGGUGGGCUUCUCAGCUUCUUCGGAGGUUUUGCCUUCGCUCCAACAACAUACUAUCUUCCUUGCAUUAUAUGGCUCGCGCUCAAGAAGCCUCGAAGAUUUAGCUUGUCCUGGUUUGCUAACUGGGGAUGCAUUGUGGUUGGUGUUCUAUUAACAAUUCUGGCCCCCAUUGGAGCACUGAGGCAGAUCAUAAUAUUCAGCAAAACCUACAAAUUCUUCUCCUGA